CUACGAAUUGAAAAUAUAUUAGAUCAGUUUCUUUGUAAAGGAAUUGUGCAUCUGGAUUGAUGGUUUUAAUCAUCCGCAACAACCGAAUACUUUCUAGUCGUCAUCCUAGAAUUAAAAGAUUUUUAUCUUACAUACAUAAAAAUCAACAAAAACUGCAGCAUAAAGAUAGUUCUAACACUCAGAAUAAAAACACAGAAAUUAUGAGUUUGACUGCAGUUUUACUAAAACUGUUCUUAUAUAGCGUUGCUAUGUUUACAUUACCAUUUGCUACAUUUUUUGGAGUUGAACAUGUUCUAAAAGUCGAAUUUCACUUUGAUAGAUUUGUAACUAAUUGUAUAUCUGUAUUUGCUGCAGUAAUCAUGGUAAACUUAAUAAUAGCUUGUUAUGCCUAUCAGGCACUUCAUGAACCUGAUAGUGCUGAGGUUGAUGCAAUUGCAGAUCAGCCUUCUAAAAGUGAUCUCAAUAAAAAAUCUGAUUAAGCAAAAAAAAAAAUAAUUUUUUAUAUAAUACAAGAAAAUAUAAUUAUCAUGUAAUUACUAUUACAUUGCAUGUAUUUUAACUUUAAAAGUAUAUUAAUGAUAUAUAGAUAUUUGUAGUAAUUGUACUAUAGAAUAUAAUUUAUAUAUUUUAUACAUUUUUUAUUAUUACUACAAUAAUAUAUUUUCAGUAUUCGAUAUUAAAUUGAUAUGUAUCUAUCAAUAAAUGGUUCAGCCAGAAAGCACGAGUUUUACUUUAUAAAGCCUUGCACCUUUGUACAUUUGCUAAAACUAGUUUCAU